GCCAGGUGCUUCUGAGCUGGGAGGCAGCAGCCGCCAGCAGCGGAGCGCCAGCGGGCACGUCCGGGCAGGGGCCUCCACGGGGUUUAAUCUGACACUGCUCAAGGAUCGUGCUUCUCUGCGGGGCCCCUCCUUGCAGGAUGAGGCUCCUCACAGACUGGAUGCCGGAGAUGCUGGUGCUGGACAAGGCGCUCCUGGGGCCCACGGCUUCUUCCCUCCUACUGCUGUCCCUUCUGGGCCUGUCCGUCCACUUCCUCCUGAAAGUCUGGGGCUUCUUCCGCCGCUAUCACAUCCACUGCCAGAGACUGCGCUGCUUCCCUGAGCCCCCCCGUUACAACUGGCUCCUGGGGCACCUGGGCAUGUUUAAGCCCAGCGAAGAGGACAUGGUCCGAAUAACCCAGCUGGUCUCCACCUUCUCCCAGGCCAUGGUGACCUGGAUGGGGCCCUUCUUGCCCAUCGUCUCCCUCUUCCACCCCGAUUACAUCAAGCCCAUCGCCACCGCCUCAGCUGACAUCGCCCCCAAGGACAAGCUCUUCUAUGGCUUCCUGAAGCCCUGGCUCGGGGAUGGAUUACUGCUGAGUGCUGGGAAGAAGUGGGGACGUCAUCGGCGCAUGCUGACCCCAGCCUUUCAUUUUGACAUCCUGAAGCCCUACCUGAAAAUCUUCAACCAGAGCACCAACAUCAUGCACGGCAAGUGGCGCAGGCUCACCACCGCCGGUGGGGUCUCCAUGGACAUGUUUCAGCAGAUCAGCCUCAUGACCUUGGACAGCCUGCAGAAAUGUGUCUUCAGCUAUGACAGCAACUGCCAGGAGAAAUCCAGUGACUACAUUGCAGCCAUCUUGGAGCUCAGUUCCCUUGUCGUGCAUCGGCAGCAUCAGCUGCUCCACCAUUUUGACUGCUUGUACUACCUGACAGCUGAAGGUCGCCGCUUCCGUCAAGCUUGUAACACAGUGCACAGCUUCACAGCUGACGUGAUCCAGCGGCGGCAAGAGGCACUGAGCCAAGUGGGCCAUGAUGCCUGGCUCUGCUCCAAGAAGGGCAAGACCAUGGACUUCAUUGAUGUCCUUCUACUCGCCAAGGAUGAAAACGGGCAGCAUCUGUCUGAUGAAGACAUUGCAGCAGAGGCUGACACUUUCAUGUUUGAAGGGCAUGACACCACAGCGAGUGGGUUGUCGUGGGUGCUGUACAAUCUGGCUCGACACCCCGAGUAUCAGGACCAGUGCCGGGAGGAGAUUCAGGACCUGCUGCGAGCCCGGGGGAUGGAGGAGAUCGAAUGGGAAGACUUAUCCCAGAUGCCGUUCACCACCAUGUGCAUUAAGGAAAGCUUGCGCCUCCACCCACCUGUCACCGUCGUGUCUCGUCGCUGCACUGAGGAUGUGAGGCUGCCUGAUGGACGAGUUAUCCCCAAAGGGACUAUCUGCCUCGUCAGCAUUUAUGGGACCCAUCACAAUCCUGCUGUCUGGCCUGAGCCGGAGGUCUAUAACCCCUACCGCUUUGACCCAGGAACCUGCCAGCAGCAGCCCCCUCUGGCCUUUAUGCCGUUUUCGGCAGGACCCAGGAACUGCAUUGGGCAGAACUUUGCCAUGUCAGAGCUGAAAGUGGCCCUGGCUCUGACCCUCCUGCGGUUCAGAGUGCACCCGGACGAGAGCCAGACAGUGCGGCGGAAGCCGGAAUUAAUCCUGCGGGCAGAGAAUGGCCUGUGGCUGAGAGUGGAGCCCCUGCAAGGAACAUCCUGAUCAGGAGAGAAAAGAAAGACCGGAGGAGAAUGUUGCAGUCUCUGAUCCUGGCAUUAAGGCUACGUUGUAAUGCUGGAAGUGGAGCUGUAGUGCCAGAAUAAAUUUAACAAUAUACUU